UGUUUACAGUUCAUUAGCACUAUAGGCGGAGAGCAGGACUACAAUGUCACCGAUAAAACAACUCUCUAUCAUUUACGAUCCGGUUAAUAACAGUAACACAUUCACAAACGGCGAUGUUAUUAAUGGUCGAGUCAGUUUCGAAGUGACUAAAGAAGUUACGAUUGGAAGCCUUUACAUAAAGUGUAAAGGGGAAGCAAAAGUCAGCUGGAGCGAGCGGCGGAAUGACCGACACCGUACUUACAGUGCUAAUGAAAGAUACUUUAAACUCAAACAGUAUUUCAUUCAGGACCCUUCAAAGAAAGGAAUUGAAGAUCCCGGUGUUAUAUUAACAAGUGGAGAGAUCUACAGCAAUGUGGUUAAGCCCGGAAACCAUGUUUAUCCAUUUAGCUUUCAACUGCCCCAUGGAAAUUUUCCAGCAUCUUUUGACGGCUGUCAUGGCUCAGUAAAGUACAUUCUCGAAGUCACAGUGGACCGUUCAUGGAAAAUGGACCGCACUGAAAAAAAAGAAAUUCUCUUUGUGCCAAGGUUUAUUGGUGUCAAUUUAAUGAGCCCACAGAGUGGAUCUGUCGACAAAAAGAUGAAACUUUUCUCCUCUGGAAGCACUUCAGUGAAUGCAACAAUUGACAAAAUGGGCUAUAUGCAAGGUGAGGUCAUCAAGGUUACCAGUGACAUCAAUAACUCAUCUUCCCGCGACCUCAAACUGAAGUACAGUCUUGAGCAAAUACAGUCCUUCUUUGCAGAGGGUCACUCCAACCAUUGCUACCGUACUAUUUUUAAAAUUGUUGGGGAUCCCAUCCCAUCUGGAUCAAAGCAAACAGUCAACAAAAACCUGACGCUUCCAGCCAAUCUGAAUUUGAGCAUUAUGCACUGUAGGAUUAUGAAAGUGGAGUACAUAUUUAAGGUCUAUUUGGAUGUGCCUUAUGCUAGUGAUCCUGAGAUCAAAUUCCCAGUGACCAUUCUUCCUGCAGGUUAUAUUUUUUCUCCAGGACAAAACCAGCCAGCUUAUCAGCCCUAUGGAAACCCAGGUGCACCAGGAUGGAACCAACCCCCACCCCAGCCUGGAUUUGGGCCCAGUCCCCCAGGAACUAAUUUUGGCCCAGCCCCAGGGUUUUACCCAGGUCCCUACCCUUUACCUGUGUGUCCAAAUCCACAAGCACCUCCUCCUUCCUAUUCAGACCUCUAUCCAAAUCCAAAUUCAGCAGCCUCAGACUUCAAUUCUGUUCCAUCAGCUCCACCCUUUAAUCCUCAGCACGCUCCUAUGGGAUAUCCAAAUCCAGUACCAAGUGCCCCGCAGUUCGGUCCAGGGCCUGCUGUCCCAGGCUAUGUUCCAGCAGGAGCUCCCUCAGGAUUCUGGCCAAAUCCAACCACACAACCAGAAUCUUAUCCAACUAAAUCCCCUGAGAAACAUGAAUAAUCUGAAAGUUUAAGGACACAUGAAAUUAUGAUAUGGAUGACACUGUGGUUUAAGGAUGCAGGAGGGCAUUGGGGUUGCUGGAAUUUUACACAUCAAAUAUGCAAUGUGUGCAUAUUAUAUUGUUUAAUAAUAAUAAUAAUAUUAUUAUUAUUAUUAUUAUUAUUAUUAUUAUUAUUAUUUCAGUUCCUCCAGCACCCCUAACACCUUCAUCCUUUUUUAUAUAUAUUUUUUUUAUACCAGCAUAUGGCAUAGCAUUUUGGGUUCACUCCAGUAGGUUCCUGAUAGUACCAAAGAAUUAAAGUUAAUUUUGUAUAAUUUACAUUUAUGACAAUAAUGACUUGUGUAUAAAUAUAUCUGAAUUAUAUUGGUAUACAUGAAAAAAUACUUUUUAUUAGCUUUAAAUUAUAUUAUUAGUACUAGUAAUGAUAUUAGAAAACACAUUUAGGGAUUAACAUCAACUAUGAGUUUGCAAGCUCUGAGUUGCUUUUUACAGUUUUAACAGCUGCUUAAGUUUUCUAAAGAUUUGUGAAAUUUUUGAACAAAAAUUCAACUGUGUCAAGCAAACAAUCAUUCAUAAACUUUAGAAAGUUUUAAAAAACACAAAUCGAUCAAAUCAUAUGCACUAUUAAAUUGACACUAGAUAUAGAUAUACAUAAAAUUCUCAAAUAUACAAAUAAAUUGAUAAAUCAAUGGGGAAAAAAGAAACUUGAAACUGGAGGAAAGCUUUUACAAAAUAUUUAAAUGUUUUCUGUCCCCAUCGACAUCAGUGCUCUGACCCAGUAAACAAAUUAUUAUGAAGCUACAGAGACUACAGCCAGAUUUCACUGUCAAAAAAGAUGACUUAUGAUCAUACUAAUGUACACCACUCCCUCAGUAAACAAACUUGAAGUCACAAAAAAGUGAGUAGUUACGUUUUUUUGUUGUUGUUCCACUGCAUUUCAUUAUGUAUCUGCAUCAAGAAAAUGACCUCAAUAAAGGACCCAAUUUUGUAAGCUAA